GGCGGCGGGGGCGGCGGCUGAAACCAUGUCCGGGCAGCGCCGGGGGCCGCCGCCGCCGCCGCCGCGAGCCGGGAGCCGCGAUGGCCCCGUGGCCCGCACCUCCUCCGCCUCCGCCUCCGCCUCCACCUCUCGCCGCGCCGCCGCCGCCCGGCGCCUCUGCUAAGGGGCCGCCGGCGCGCAAGCUGCUUUUUAUGUGCACCUUGUCCCUGUCCGUCACCUACCUGUGCUACAGCCUCCUGGGCGGCUCGGGCUCCCUGCAGUUCCCCCUGGCGCUGCAGGAGCCGCCGGGCGCCGCCGCCGAGCCCCCGCCGAGCCCGCCGCCACCCUCUCUGCCGCCUCCCCCCGUGCGCCUCGGCGCCCCCUCGCAGCCGCCCGCGCCGCCGCCGCCGGACAACGCGAGCCGCGGGGAGCCGCCCGAGCCCCCCGAGCAGCCCGCCGCCCCCGGGGCCGACGGCUGGGGGCUGGCGAGCGGCGGAGGGGGCGCCCGGGACGCCUGGCUCCGGACGCCGCUGGCCCCGGGCGAGAUGAUCACGGCGCAGAGCGCGCUGCUGGAGAGGGAAGCGCAGGAGUCCAGCACCACCGACGAGGAGCUCGCAGGCCGGAGAGCGGCCAACGGGAGCAGCGAGAGGGGCGGCGCCGCCAGCACCCCGGACUAUGGGGAGAAGAAGCUGCCACAGGCGCUCAUCAUCGGGGUCAAGAAAGGAGGGACCCGCGCGCUGCUGGAGGCGAUCCGAGUGCACCCGGACGUGCGGGCGGUGGGCGUAGAGCCGCACUUCUUCGAUAGGAACUACGAGAAGGGGCUGGAGUGGUACAGAAACGUGAUGCCCAAGACUCUGGACGGGCAGGUAACCAUGGAGAAGACGCCGAGUUACUUUGUGACCAGCGAGGCCCCCAAGCGCAUCCACGCCAUGGCCAAGGACAUCAAACUGAUCGUGGUGGUGCGGAACCCCGUGACCAGGGCCAUCUCGGACUACACCCAGACGCUGUCCAAGAAACCCGAGAUCCCCACCUUUGAGGUGCUGGCCUUCAAAAACCGGACCCUAGGGCUGAUCGACGCCUCCUGGAGUGCCAUCCGGAUAGGGAUCUACGCUCUGCACCUAGAAAACUGGCUCCAGUAUUUCCCGCUCUCCCAAAUCCUCUUUGUCAGCGGAGAGCGACUCAUAGUGGACCCUGCUGGGGAAAUGGCCAAAGUCCAGGAUUUUCUAGGCCUCAAGCGUGUCGUGACUGAAAAACAUUUCUAUUUCAACAAAACCAAGGGGUUCCCUUGUCUAAAGAAGCCGGAAGACAGCAGUGCCCCAAGAUGCUUAGGCAAGAGCAAAGGUCGGACUCAUCCGCGCAUCGACCCCGAUGUGAUCCACAGACUGCAGAAAUUCUACAAACCCUUCAACAUGAUGUUUUACCAAAUGACUGGUCAAGAUUUCCAGUGGGAACGGGAAGAGGGUGACAAAUGAGGUUAGAGAAGCAGAGGGAAGGCUAGUGAGUAGUCAAGGAGGCUUCUUCCCUGAGUCCUGAAAUCCCCCCAGCGGAGUCUGUAGCCUCAGCCCCACUGGAGUGCCAAGUAGAUCCCUCCCCGCCCCGCCCUCUGGCCACCCGGGAUCGCUUCCAAUGCUGUAGGCUUAGGCAAAGGGAUGGAUCCCAUGGCAUCCUCAUGGAGGCACUGGGUUUGCCAGGGCAGGGCAUCUGGUUGACCAGAUGGCCACCAGGAGCCACAGUUAAUUCUUGUCUUCUGCUAAUUCUGAAGACAGGUUAAAUAGCCGUCAAGGUCAGAGACCAUGCCAGGAAUGUUUCUUUAAGUGAUUAAAAAAAAGAAAGAAAGAAAAGAGGAAGGAAGGUCUACUUUGGCCACUGCAGGAGCCCAAGUCCUAGCCCUGCCUUUGGCACAGCCUCUUCUGUACAAACCUUCGCUUUGGCCUCUCUCCAGAAUGCUACUUGUGGCUGAGUGCUCCAGGACUCCUAGGGAGCAAGGUCCUUUUUCUCUGCGGUGUCUCUAGCCUCCUCCUUCAAGGUCUCAUCCCACAACCCUUUGACGUCCCUCCUCCCCUUAUGAAGGCAGAGGCAUGCACGGUCCUCACCGGAAAACAAAACAA